AUGUCACUUUCACCAAUAGAAAAAGCUGCAUCUGGAGCAUUAGCUUCUGCCAUUGCUAACACAUUAGUUUAUCCAUUGGAUUUAAGUAAAGUAUUGAUUCAAACUCAAGUCAAACAGAAAAAAGCAUCCAAAUCAAAUGACUCAAAUAAAAUCCCAACACCUCCUGCUUCAGAAUCAGAUAUAGAAGAUUCUGUUUAUAAACAAAGUUUAGAUAAAGAUAAUGGGUUAAAAUAUAAGAAUACUAUUGAUGUUUUAAGACAAAUAUAUAGAAAGAAGGGUAUUUUGGGUUGGUAUCAUGGAUUAUUCUCCACUGUUGUUGGUACUGCUGCUCAGAAUUUCUCUUAUUUUUACUGGUAUACCAUAGUUAAGAGAGUCUAUGCCAAUUUAUAUAAAAACAUACCGAAUCAUAAACCAAGUACAUUAAUGGAAUUGUUUCUUGGUGCUGUUGCUGCUGCAAUCUCACAAUGUUUCACCAUGCCAAUUGGUGUUAUUACAACUCAACAACAAACUGAUAAAAAUCACAAGAAUGUAUUCCAAUUGAUUAAAGAAAUUUUGGAUCAAGAUGGUGUUACCGGAUUAUGGAGAGGGUUAAGAGUUUCUUUGGUUUUAUGUAUUAAUCCAUCAAUCACAUAUGGUUCUUAUGAACGUUUAAAACAAAUAUUUUAUGGAAACAAACAAUAUUUAAAUCCACUUGAAGCUUUUUCAUUGGGAGUUUUAGCUAAAUCUUUAGCAACUGUUGUCACUCAACCAUUAAUUGUAUCAAAAGCUAUGAUGCAAAAGAAAUCAACAUCUUCAUCAAAGGAUAAAAAAGAUAAAAAAUCUUCUCUGGAAGAAGAUAACCAUGAAGAUGAUAUCAAAUUCGACCAUUUCACAGAUGCAUUGGCUCACUUAUGGCAUACUGAAAAAUUCCAUGGUUUAUACAAAGGUAUUGCACCUCAAUUGUUGAAAGGUGUUUUCGUACAAGGUUUGUUAUUUAUGUUUAAAGAUCAAAUAGAUCUUUUAUUUUUGUUUUUAUUAUCUUUGAUUAAAAAGAAAUCUUUAAAAUCUUUAAAAUAA